GAGAUAAUGGCAUUCAACACAAUGAAUAGCAUAGUUUCAACACUUGUCUUUACAUCUCAUAUGCUAAUGGCAGUGUCAGGGACAAAUGAUUCUUUUCUUAUACUGUCGUAUGGACGUGUCGACAUUCAUGUUGAUUGGAAUACAUUUGAAAGGUAUUUUGGUUUUGUUUUCUAAAUCAUUAAAUAAAAAUUCCGAAAUCUGAGCUCAAUAAGAUUUUUAAAAUUAGCGCAAGUGCUAUAUUCCGUAAUAUAUAUAUACUAUACAUGUACGCCACAGUAAUAGGUGAUGUAAUAAAUCUGCGAUAUAAAAGGACAUGUUACAUUAGAAUAUUAAUAUAUUUCAAAUCGGUGGCGUACCAGGUGGGAAGGGGGUCAGCUCUAACUGAAAGUCUAAUAAAUUGCGGCAAUGGAUUGAGUGUUUUGUCAAGCAACCUUAGCAGAUGGGAGUUCACGUAGUACGGCCGCCAUGGUACAGUGGGUUUUAUGGCCAGUUUUGUUUUAAUGUUUAAAUGAAUAUACAUUAACAUCACAGGUAUAUUAAUACCUGUGUCUAGAAAACAUUUUUUUUGGAACAGAGAGAAGAUUAUUUUUCAAAGCUACUAAAACAUUUUUAUUUUUUUGAUUUCAGAUUCUACAAAUGUUUAUGCAACCCUGUGAUGUCACAGUGCAAUGCUAGCGCCCAUGUUGUUCCUGAUCCAGUUCAACGUAUCCACGCAACCAAUGUAACAUAUUUUUACAACAACGGAAACAGUUGCGCUGGGGCUAAACAAUGCAGAAUAGACAAAGAGUAUAACAGUCAAUUAUCAUACACAAUUUCAUGUCAAUGCCCUGCUGAAGGUAAAAACGAGGGAUGUCACUAUAACAUGACUUUACUGUCCCAGCCUGACGACAACAACAUGUGCAUGUCUUCAUUUGUUGAAAUAGGAUUGGUGCAGGGUGACAGUAGUAUUACAAUGACACCUGUUGUCGGGGGCACAUUGCGAAUUGAGAAAUGCAGAAAAGAUAGUCCAGCGGAAUGUAAGAAUGUAACAGAACUCCCCAUUGGAUUAAUGACCCAUUCAAAUAUUUACUACGUUUUAAUUUCAAGCAAUUUUUGUUUUAUUUUGCUGGUCUUUAUAUUAGCAACAAUUCUUAUAUACAAGACGAAAGGAACGAAUGUUCCAGUAAAGGAAGAUGGACAUUAUCGAAACUCUACAGUGCAUCGCUGUAAUCAACCAACA